AUUAUGAUAUAUCACUUAUUAUUGAAAGUUGUGAUAUUUUGCAUCCUCUAAUUAAUACAAUUGCACCUAAAGGUUAUAUUGAAUUAAUAUGCAAAUGUUGGCAUUCUGAUCUGAAUAAAAGACCAACAGCUAUAAUUAUAUGUAAUGUUAUUAAACAAAUUAUAUUAAAUGAAGAAAACAAUCUAACUAUAAUUAUUGAAUACUUAAAUGCUAGGUCUAUUAUUACAAAUAAAUUUACUUCAGGUAGUAAAAUAACUUAUACAAAAUCUGAUUUGCCCAAAUAUACUUAA